AUAAUGAAGAGUGAGCAUGUUGCAAUUUUACAGUAGAAUGCUUUGCUAGAGAUCAGAUGUGCUUUAGUACUUUAAUAAUUCUCCCCUCCAUGAGUUGAUGUUGAUUACACAGGAUUGUGGAAAAGAAUUGGUGUUAAUUAUGGGAAUAAUAAUUUUUCUUCCAGGAGAAUUCUGAUAUUUCACUUACCCAUAUAUAUAGCCCAUAAUAGUUUUCUUGCCCUUCAGAAUUUUGCAUUUCCCUGUCAAGGUAACUAAAUUCCUUGUGGUUUUCUUUCAUCAUUCUGUGUGAAUUACACCUUUUUGUGGUAGUUCUAGUAGCAUUUCUAAACCUGGAUCAUUAUCAAGGUGUCAUGAGAUGGAUCAUUCAAGAAAAAGCCUGUGGUUUAAAACAAGCAGCUUGCUCUUAAAAUCAUUAAUUAUAUUCAUGGAAAUGCCUUAACUAAAUGAAUUUAUUUUGCUUAUGUGUAUUCUUUCUGUAACGUGGUUUUCUCUUCCCUGAGUUAUUUCGAGUGCUGUGUUGGUAGCAGCCUGAGUUACCUUUAGAGUAUAAUUUUAAAAAGUGCUUUAUAAAAGAUGAGAGAGGUGCAACUGUGUCAGUUUUACAGCAGAUUUUAUUGCCUGGACCCAGGGCUGCAUCAACUCAGCCACAGAGCUCCCAGUACAUUUUCAGACUUUUUUCCUCAUUAUUUUCCAUCCCAUCACUGAAACUGAUGUAAAGACAAGACUGAAGAAGCAGAAGAGUAAAACAGAGAUCACUUCUGUGUGGUGGAUGAUGAAACCACUUUGGGGGAAGCUGGUCAGAUACUGGCUGUAAAUUAGGGGUCAAAGGAAGGAAUACGGACAGGUUUGUUGGAAUGCUUUCCUGUACAGUUUUGAUGUGGAGCUUUUCUCUGUGUUACUUCUCCACAUCAAGAUAAAGACAUUUAGGGCAUAUGCCUUUUUUUUUGGCAAAUUAUUGUUUUCUGUGCCAGUGUGUAACUACCUUAUUAAUUUUUUUCUUGCAGAGUCAACUGCUCAUUUUAUUUCAAAAUUGGAGCUUGUCGCCAUGGAGACAGAUGUUCUCGGUUGCACAAUAAACCAACAUUUAGCCAGACCAUCUUGAUUCAAAACAUCUAUCGUAACCCCCAAAACAGUGCACAGACGGCUGACGGCUCACACUACCAUUGCCCUCUUGAACAUUUACCGUAACCCUCAAAACUCUUCCCAGUCUGCUGACGGUUUGCGCUGUGCUGUGAGCGAUGUCGAGAUGCAGGAACAUUAUGAUGAGUUCUUUGAGGAGGUGUUCACAGAAAUGGAGGAGAAGUACGGCGAAGUGGAGGAGAUGAACGUUUGUGAUAACCUUGGAGAUCACCUAGUUGGAAAUGUAUACGUAAAGUUCCGCCGUGAAGAGGAUGCAGAAAAGGCCGUGAUCGACCUGAACAAUCGCUGGUUCAACGGGCAGCCCAUCCACGCCGAGCUCUCGCCCGUGACUGACUUCAGAGAGGCCUGCUGCCGUCAGUACGAGAUGGGCGAGUGUACACGAGGAGGUUUCUGCAACUUCAUGCAUUUGAAGCCCAUUUCUCGGGAGUUAAGGCGCGAGUUGUAUGGGCGGCGUCGUAAAAAGCAUCGAUCCAGGUCGAGGUCCCGCGAGCGCCGCUCGAGAUCCAGAGACCGCGGCCGCGGCGGCGGCGGAGGCGGCGGCCGCGAGCGGGACAGGAGGCGGUCAAGAGACCGCGAACGGUCCGGUCGAUUCUGAGCCAUGCCAUUUUUACUGUAUGUCUGCUAGAAAGUGUUGUAGUUUGACCAAACAAGUUCAUAAUGACAUUUUUUUUAAAGAUGGGCUUCUGAAUAAAAAAUUUGUAGUGAUACAGUA